AUGAGCCUCACUGUCCGCGCACCCCUGCUCUCUGCCGCCCGCAACGGCAGCGCCUCCGCUCUCUCAGCGAUCCGCCCGCUCGCGAGCCAAGGCGCGUCCCGCCGCGUCGCGUGCGACGCGUACAAGCUCAAGUUCGCCGGCGACGGCACGUCCGACCACCUCGCGGUGCCCGACGUCCCUGGCCCCACGGAGUUCGAGCUGCCGGUGCCCAGCAAGCUGACCGUGGGGCGGUCCGAGGGGAACGACAUCCACAUCCCCGUCUCCACCGUCAGCGGGCAGCACUGCAUCAUCCUCGCCGAGGACGGCAUGGUCCGCAUCGGCGACGUCGGCUCCACGAACGGCACCUUCGUGAACGACAUCGCGAUCAAGCCCAUGGAGGACGUCGGCAUUCAGCCUGGGAGCUACAUCACCUUCGCCGACAGCCACCUGGCGCGGUACCAGCUGAUUGAGUACGAGUCUGAGGAGGCGGCGCCCGCGGCGGACGAGGAGGGGUCCGCAGCGGACGCGCGCGCGUGGAUCGAGGCCUGGCGGGCGAAGCAGUAG